AAAAGCAUCAAAUCACAGAAAGAGUGAAAAAAAAUAAAAUAAAGUUAACAUUUAUCACAAUUGACAAUCUUGAAACAAACAUUGAGUGAGCAUCAUGGAUUCAUCAAACCUUACAUCACUUCCAGAAGAAGGCUCAGAAGAAACCCAUAAUUCCCACAAUCUCCCUUCUGCCUUUUCUUCUGCCCCUACUCGCCCUCCCAUUCAGACUUCUUCACAGAAAUAUGCACCUUCAGACUGGUCAGGUUAUUUCGAUCAAGAGGAUGACAUUCAGAUCCCAGAUUCAGAUGAUGUAUUUCAUGUUUAUAUGGCAGGGACAGAAGGGCCUGUUAUUUUUUGCCUGCAUGGUGGUGGUUAUUCUGGGCUCUCAUUUGCAUUGGCAGCAAGCAAAAUUAAGGAGAAAGCUAGGAUAGUGGCCAUGGAUCUAAGAGGACAUGGAAAGACAUCUACACAAAAUGAUGUAGAUUUGUCUAUUGAGAGGCUAUGCAGUGAUGUGUUUUCUGUUUUGAAGACCAUGUACGGAGAUGCUCCGCCUGCAAUUGUGCUUGUUGGCCACAGUAUGGGAGGUGCAGUUGCAGUUCAUGUUGCUGCAAAGAAAUCACUUCCAAGUUUGGCUGGCUUGGUAGUUGUGGAUGUUGUUGAGGGUACAGCAAUGGCAUCAUUGAUUCAUAUGCAGAAGAUACUAUCGAACAGAAUGCAGCAUUUCUCGACCCCUGAAAAAGCGAUUGAAUGGAGUAUCAAAUCAGGCUCUUUGAGAAAUAUUGACUCUGCCUGUGUAUCAAUCCCCAGCACAUUGAAAUAUGAUGACUCAAAAAAAUGUUAUACGCAUAGAGCAAGACUUGAAGAAACUGAACAGUUUUGGAAAGGGUGGUAUGAGCUAUUCUUUCUGCUUAUCCAGUCUAGAUCUUUUAUAUAUCCUGACAUAUUGUGCUACUUCAAAAAUCACUGAAUCUUUGAUUUAGGGUCCUAGGAG